AACCAAGUUAUAGCCCUUAGUAAAUAACAAUGGCCGAAUCAUAGACAUAAUAAAUUAUGUCCGUGGGCCAAAUAUCACAUCUCUUUUCCUUCUUUUAAUUAGGCAGUUAUUUCGUGCUUUGUCACUAAAAAACUGAUUAUUAGAUCUAGACUCUAGAUCUUUAUGUGACAGUACAGCAGAGUACAAAUUUAAAAAGAUUACUUGAAAAUGGCAAUGCCUCCUCCUGUACCCCCUGGGAAACGCAAAGAAAUUUACAAAUAUGAGGCACCAUGGACAGUGUAUAGUAUGAACUGGAGUGUGCGCCCUGAUAAGCGGUUUCGUUUAGCUCUUGGAAGCUUUGUUGAGGAAUAUAAUAAUAAGGUGCAAAUAGUCAGUUUGGAUGAGGAAACAUCAGAUUUCACAGCAAAAAGCACAUUUGAUCACCCAUACCCAACCACAAAAAUAAUGUGGAUACCUGAUUCUAAAGGAGUGUUUCCUGAUUUACUUGCUACAUCUGGUGAUUAUUUAAGAGUCUGGAGGGUUGGUGAUUCAGAAACUCGCCUCGAAUGUCUUCUAAAUAACAAUAAAAACUCUGACUUCUGUGCCCCGCUGACAUCAUUUGAUUGGAAUGAAGUUGAUGCUAAUCUCCUUGGCACCUCCAGCAUAGAUACAACAUGUACUAUAUGGGGUUUAGAGACUGGACAGAUAGUUGGUAGAGUCAACGUAGUGUCUGGUCAUGUCAAAACUCAGCUUAUUGCACAUGAUAAGGAAGUCUAUGACAUUGCUUUUAGUCGAGCUGGUGGAGGGAGAGACAUGUUUGCUAGUGUUGGAGCUGAUGGUUCAGUCAGAAUGUUUGACCUGCGUCACCUAGAACAUUCCACAAUCAUUUAUGAAGAUCAGCAGCAUGUGCCAUUGUUGAGGCUGGCUUGGAACAAACAGGAUCCUAAUUAUCUGGCCACUAUGGCCCUAGAUGCUCUUGAGGUUAUAAUCUUAGAUGUCAGAGUACCUUGCACACCAGUAGCAAGAUUGGCUAAUCACAGAGCUUGUGUCAAUGGGAUAGGGUGGGCACCUCAUUCAAGCUGUCAUAUUUGCACAGCAGGGGAUGAUCAUCAGGCAUUAAUAUGGGACAUUCAACAGAUGCCUCGAGCUAUUGAAGAUCCUAUCUUAGCCUACACAGCAGGGGGAGAAAUCAAUCAGAUACAAUGGUCAUCUACCCAGCCCGACUGGAUCAGUAUUUGCUAUAAUAAUUGCAUGGAGAUAUUGAGAGUGUGAAUGAUUGUAUGUCACUGUUCUUAUCUGCUAGGUUUAUUUAAAAAAAACAUUUUAAUCGACAGAGCAUACAAAUGAAUUCUUUCAUUUGUAAAUAGUUUUCUUGCUGCAUUAUUUAUCAUCAUUUAGAUUUCUAAUAAAAAAGGAUGUACUAAAUCUAAUGCUUAGAAUUUCCAAUAUAUAUAUAUAUAUAUUUAUAUACAUACGGAAAAUAACAAAAUGAAUAUAUAUAUAUAUAUAUUACAGUAAAAUUCGUUUUGUUGCAACAACUGUUUAAAAUUACUAAUCAACUUAUAAAUUAUAUAGAAUAAAAAAGUUCCUUUUCAAUUUCAAGCAGAAAAUUACUUUAUAACUGAUUAACUUUUUUUCCAGAGUAUUAUGUGUGUGAGUGUAUUAUAGUUGCUCUGUACUUGUAUAUAAACAUCAAUAAUCAUUAUUCAGUGAUGCUAUUGUACAUAUUUCCUAAAAAAUAAACAAAAUGUGCUCAUUCAUUUCUGUACAUUGACACAUAUCUCUGUAACAAUUUAUAUUUUUAGUUACUAUUUUUCUUUUUCCGUUUUCAUGAUUAUUGCUUCAGUGAAUCAUCCUGGAACCAAAAUUUUGUUGUCUCUUUAAAAUGCAUUAACAAUGUGACACCAUCACUUGAUUCUCUGUACAGCUAUAGCUCUUUGUUCAUUGAAAUCAUUUUAAAUCUUGUACAUUUUCAUUUGUGUCAAAGUGUUGUGAAAAUUGUCAUGAAUACUUCUGCUAUUCUUGUUCUGUUUUAGUGUUACAUGUUUUCGUAAGUUGCAACUUCUUUUUUUGAAAUGCAGUUUUGUAUAGUUUUAGAAAAUAAAAGUUUUUUCGGUAAUAAAUUGACUGUUUUAAGGGUUGAAAAAGAAUUAUGGAUCAAAUAUUUAAUACAUUAAUAGUGAAAUAACAAAUUUAAAAGCUGUUUCCAAAUGAAUCACUGAAAAACAUCUAUCGUGAUUUAAUUUAUUACAUUGAAGGAAUUUCAAGUAUUUGCAAUUAGCAUGAAAAAAUAUAUGGGGAUAGAAUUUAUGCAACAAAACAUUUAUUAUUGUCAAUGGUAGUUGCUUCUAAGGGGGAAAAAAAGACUCAUUUCCUUAUUUAAUAUUGGUAUGAAAUUAAAUUCUUAAUAUUUAUAAUAUAAUUUUAUUUGUAUAAGCUAAAAUAUCCCUCAUUUAUAAACAAACUACUGUACACCACUUGUUCAUAUUGUUAGCUUACAAUGUCGCUUGAAAUCACUACUGCAAAUUUGUACUAUUAUAAAAAUAAUAAACAAAUCAUGCUGUUAUUUAGAACUUAAAAUUUGGUGUUAGCCAGAAAGAAAAUACUUUAUUAAAUUGUUAAAAAAAAUCUUUUAAGACUUGAAAUUUGUUUACUGAUCUCAUACUGGGCCAUUUUUUUCUUCUUACACUUUGCAGCCAAUAUUUGAAAAACUGUAUUCACUUGUUUGUUACAGAAAAAUAAAAAUAUUUAUCAGCAUUUAUUUUAUUAGUGUUGAUAUUAUUUCAAUAAAAUGGGUCCAUGUUUAAUUCAAGGAAAAUGUCCAGGUUAUUGAAAAUAAAAAUUAUUGCAUAAGUUUAA